GGUUGCGUCUCCGCCUCGCGCUCAGCGUCCUGCGUCCUCGGCUCUGAUUGGUCGGCUGGGUGAGGUCUCCACAGCGCCGCGCCGCUCCGGGAUCCUCUGGCGCAGAGAGAAAGCAGAACUUGGCCGCCAGCGAGCGCUGAGCCGGGCUGGGAGGGUUAUAUGAUGUGAUGUGAUCCAAUACGGGCGGCCGGCAGCAGCUACGGGCGGACUGGCACUUAAAAAGGCGCUGUCGACGUGGGCCCUGCUUUUCACUCUGCCUCUGUGUGCGUGAGUGAGUGAGUGUGUGUGUGUCGUCGUGGGAGCGGAGGCGCAGGAGCACGGAGGCUGACCGAAGCGCUUCAUCACAGCAGAGUUUUUUCAGUCAGUCAUGACGUCAGUACAGACCCCUCCUCUCGCCCGCUCUGGCUCAACUCCCUCUAAUGUGGGUCUGGCCAAUCGCAGCGGCCCCUCUGCCACCCCUCCGACCUCCCUCAGCCUUCGCUCGUCAUACAACCAGCUGCUUGGGCGGGAUGUCAUCAAGGAAUCCAUGGAAACAGGAAGUUCAGCCACCUUACCAAAGAGCCGUCAGAGGUAUGGGAUGACCAGCGUGCGAAGUGUCAUGGGGAUCAGUGACAACCUCUCUAAAAACCAGCCUGUGACCCGAGGGCGGGGUCUCCCCACCAAGUCCUCUUCCAGUUCCGCCCUCUACUCCUCUUCUUCGUCGUCCUCGCUGUUUAACACAACAAACCCCAAACUGGCCAAGAAUGGAGCCAACAUGCAGAGACGAGCUGAGAGCCAGCAGCUGGAGCUGAGCAGGGCCAACACAGAGGGUAAGAUCCACAAUGAUGUCAUCAAUAACCCCAGCUCUGAUUGGCUAGACAACUCACAGUUGCCACCAUUCAGAAGAAGGACCAAGAGCUUCCUGGGGUACCAUGAAAAGGGCUGGGAUCUGGACCUGAGCUGGGGGAAGAAGGAGCUGAAGGAGGAGCAGAAGCAGCAGCCGUCCCCUGAGAAGGAGCAGGCCAGCCCUGACAAAGACAAGGAGAUACAGAAGGACGAGGAGUCCAGCAUCAAGCAGACCUUUGAGGAGGAAAAGGAGGAGGUGGAGCCUGUGGUGGAGGAGGAGGAAGAAGAAGAUGACCCAACACCAACUCCAAGACAGCCCCUACUACCUGUGGUGGUGGAAGCCCCUCUUUCCUCCACCUCCACGCUCUCCUCCUCCUCAAACAGCCCAGAGUGGAUCCCAGACAACCAAAACCAAGCUCCAGUCAAGGUCAAAGAGGAGCACUGUGUCUCCGUACCGGCAAGUCCCCGCAGUCCUGCGAAGCCCCCUCGCAGCUUUCAGCCAAGGGUGAUCAAGGUGGAGCUUCACCCAAACAAUGAGAACCAGUUCUUGCAGCAGUACCCGCCUUCUUCUCCCAAACAGGCUCGAGCUGCAGAGAGGAGCACCCCGACCAGGAACCGAGAACCUCCUGCUCUGCCAGAUCCUGUACCUGAGACCGGGCUUCCUAAGGUGGGCUUAAGAAUGGACCUGACUCCUGACACUCCUUCAGAGGAUGAGGAUUCCAGCUGGACCACCCUGUCACAGGAGACGCCCUCUCCUCAAACUCCAAAGGAAACAGCAGAUGUUUGGGCUGAGGGGGACCUUCCCCCAGGCUGGCGGGAGAUCUCAGACUCAUCAGAGGUUUAUUUCUGGCACAUCCCCACCGGCACCACACAGUACCACCGACCUAUUACUGCCAACGCUGAUGCAGACACAGAGCUAGACCAACAACAGGAAACACAAGACACCCUAAAGCCACCCAACGAGCGCCCCAGCAGUCUGAUAUCUGACAGCUCGGUGGAGCCGGUCCCCUCGCCCUCUGGCUCCUCCCCCUCCUCCUCCUCUUCCACCCCCUCUGAUGAUGUCACCUCUUCUGGACCAAAUCUCAACAUCACCACCUGCACAGCCAACGACCUGAAGGACUAUCCCGUCUACCCUGAUCCCAGUCUGAAGGCGUUUGAAGGGGCCACACUCCGCUAUGCUUCUCUUAAACUCAACCCCCCGGCGCAGCUGGAGACUGUGGACCUCAAUAACACCGUCUCUGAUUCAGAGGAAAUGUCAUUCCCAGUGCGCUCUCUGGGCUGGGUGGAGAUGGCAGAACAGGACCUGUGUGAGGGGAGGAGCAGUUUGGCCGUCCACCACUGCAUCAGACAGCUGUCUUACUGCAGGAGGGACAUAAGAGACUCAGCCGGGGUCUGGGGAGAGGGUAAAGGGAUGCUGUUAGUGCUUCAGGACCGCAUGCUGACCCUGGUUGACCCCGAUGAUCGCAGCCUGCUUCACUCCCAGCCAAUCAGUAGCAUCCGUGUCUGGGGCGUUGGCCGAGACCACGACAGGGACUUUGCCUACGUGGCGAGAGACAAAAACACGCGGGUGCUGAAGUGCCACGUGUUCCGAUGUGAUACGCCUGCUGCAGCCAUCGCAACAAGUCUCCACGAAAUCUGCUCCAAGAUAAUGGCUGAAAGGAAAAGUGCUAAGGCUGCAGCUGGCAGCUCCUCCCAGACUGGCUCUGAUGUACCCCUACAAGAGUUUCCCAUGCCAAAGACUGAGUUGGUGCAGAAGUUUCAUGUUCUGUAUCUUGGUAUGACAUCUGUGUCUCGCCCCAUAGGUAUGGACAUCAUUAACAGUGCCAUAGAAAACCUCAUCUCCUCAACAGGCAAAGAGGACUGGACUCCUGUCAUACUGAGUAUAGCUGACACCACUCUGGCUGUCAUCAAAGACAAGGAGGAGGACGAGGAGGUGUUGGUGGAGUGUCGUGUACGUUUCUUGUCCUUUAUGGGCGUGGGCCGGGAUGUGCACACGUUUGCCUUCAUCAUGGACACUGGGAGCCAGCAUUUUCAGUGUCAUAUUUUCUGGUGUGACCCCAACGCAGGCUGUGUGUCCGAAGCUGUGCAGGCAGCAUGUGUGCUGCGCUAUCAGAAGUGUCUGGUGGCACGGCCGCCCUCCCAACGCGCUGGCGCCUCCUCCUCGCCCUCUGCGGACUCUGUGACACGCCGGGUGACCACCAGCGUGAAACGGGGCGUUCAGUCUCUCAUAGACACUCUGAAAACCAAGAAACAGCCGUCAGAACUCCCCCAGCAAUGACCUCCACCAGUAACUACAACACCGCCCGGCCGACCCCUAAAACACUCACACACUAAUCACCACGACAACACAAUAUCAGUACCAGCCAUGGUAACCAACGAUGUACAUAUAUUAAGAAACACCAUCGCAGAGGAGGGGAAGAGGAGCAAUCAUCCAGUACUCCUGAAAAAUGUACAAGAAAUCUGUUUAUUGAGGAGGAAUGGGAGCGCUGGUGUCACUGUUUAAACCCAGACGUUUGAACACUACCCCAGAAACCUCCUGCUCACUCCUGGAUUUCUUGGGCAGAUGGAUUACCCAAAAGCAUCACAUUUCUGGUAACAGACUGGUUACUCACUUGUAUGCUCUGUUCUCCUCUGUAAAAUCAGUCAUCAGCACAGUCAGAGCUCCUGGACCGGACGCCUGAGAUGCUAAGCUAACGGAGCCUUGAAGGACAGAAAAGUUGUUGUCUUGUUGUCAUCAGAUUUUUUUCAGGUGAAGAAAAAAUGAAACCAAUGCCAGACGGGCAAAACCUGUCACCCAACAAAUGGUGUAAAAAAAAAAAAAAAAAAUGAUUUGCUCCCUUCAAUGUGUGACAAGACUGGAAAACCAGAAAAAAAAAUCUCUGAGGAUGAAUGACAAGAUUGUAAUUAUGAAGUGUAUGUAAAUGAUUGUACGUAGGAAGAGAGACUUUAGGGCACAAGACGUGUAGAUAUGAGAGGAAGCUGAGGCGCUGGAAACGGAAAAAAGAGACAGAUGUAGGCUUUGAUUUUGCAUGUUUUCUCGAUGGGAUAUGUUUUUCUUUUGAUGAGUUUCAAAGGGUGCUGGUGAAAAAAGUGGUGAACACACAUGAAAUACAUGCUCUCAGCACAAGUCAUCUUCACUUGACCAUGACUGAAUUUACACUGGCACAAACAAUCUGGCGUAUUUCUUUCUUUUUUUUUAAGAUACAUUUUUUGGGCUUUUAUGCCUUUAUUUGAUAGGACAGUGGAUAGAGUAGGAAGUCAGGGAGAGAGAGUGGGGAAUGACAUUUGAGAAAGGAGCCGCAGGUUGGAUUUGAACCUGGGCCUCCCACUCCGAGGACUGACCAUCGGCGCCCAAAUCUGGUGUAUUUCUGACCCAUUUCUUAAAUGAAGGGUUUGUUUGUUCAUUACAAGAUGAGGGGAAAUUAAUUAAUCAAAACAUUUUACUUUAAAUAUCUUGAUUGGGUAAGAUCAGCAAAGAAGGCAUUUAAUGUAUUUUAAGCUUUCAACUAAAGAUUGUAACUGUUUUGCAUACAUGCCUCAGACGCUGAGUUUAAAGCUCAUGAAUGUCACAUUGCCUAUGUUCAAACUACAAUUUCCUCAGGAAUCUUUUUACAUACACCCAAGGUUUAUGUGGUAGAAAGAAACCCCAGAUCCAGGCUGUGACUUUGGCAGAAGUAAAGCGCUCUGGGCUAUAUGAAUAGUGGUUCAGCAGUGUUUUGUCUUUCUUCAGCAGCAUGGAGAAGACAGCAUCAGUGACAGACAGUAAAGGGUUAACUCUAAUUUCUCUUCCUCAGUAAAUCCAGCCAGACUACCCCCACUCACACCAAAUAUAUAGACACACACAAAUAUGCACAUACAGCAGUAAAAGUUUGCUGUCACUGCUAUCAAAAUCCUUAACACUGCUCCUAUAGCUCGGGGCCAUCCCCUGCACUCAACAUCAACUCUGUGAACGCAGUCCGACCUGAAUGAAGGAGACGCACACACACACAAAAAUAAAACAAGAGAGAUGCUGUAAAACAUUUCAGUUCUGUUCUUCACCCUUCUCCUCACAUUGUAAAUGUAACCUGGUGUGUCAAUAAAUGCAUUACCAAAAGUAAA